AUGCCAUCAUCCAGAGACCUGCCGUCGACCAUCAAUGUGAUGGGAAAACGUGGUACAAGCAAAAGCACGGCAGAGAGCCCUCUCUUCGAUACAAGGAAUUCGGCAAAGUCAAGCCGUGGUCGGGAAUAUAGGCGUGAUCGGGAGCGAAACAGCAAACAUGACUACCCUGAACGGCGGAGCAAAAGUAGAGAUCGUAGUCGUAGUGACUAUGAACCACCAGAGCGUCCUGAGGGCGACCAUGGAGACAGGGAUGCUGAUGAUAGAUAUGGCCAUGAUAGCCGUGAUGAAAGGCGGAGAUCAUCUAGUCGAGACAGACGCCGGAGGCAUGCCUACGCUGAACGUGAGCGAGAAAGAGAGCGCGAAAGAGAAAGAGAAAGAGAGCGCGAACGAAGCAGACGCGACCGCGAUCGAAGUCGAUAUGAGCGCGAACGGGAGAGGAGGCGACGUACUGAGUAUUCAAAAAGAGAUUAUCACGACGCCGAAAACUACAGAAAAUUUGAGGAAGCCGACGAAGGCGACUACGAGUAUUCCCAAAUGAAAAAGGAAGUCAUCGAUGCCCAGGACGAAAUUGCUGAUCCCUUCAACCUUUGCCAGGGAUCAGAAUCAUUCUCUGAUGCUGAGCCUUUACCAGCAUCACGAAUUGGGAGAUCCUCAGCUGAGGCCCAUCUUGAGAAGCCAAGUUGGUCUGAGGACCGCUAUUAUCAAACAAGGCAGGAUCACUCUUACGCUAGCAUAGCUGUGACAGCACUGCAGUUACUGGUAUUGAUGCUGCAGCUAGCUAUGUGCGGCGUUGCGCCCCUAGACGUCAACCCCAUGGUGGGACCGUUUCCUGAUGCCUUUAGCGAAUGGGGAGGGAAAAACGCAUAUCUCAUGUUGAACGAACAACAAUACUGGCGCUUGGUUUCGCCGGCUUUCUUGCACGUUGGAGUGCUGCAUCUUCUCGCAAAUGCCUUCUGUCUACUUUAUUCAUCGGCACUCUUCGAACGCGAGUGGGGUUCCUGGACAUGGCUCUUCAUAUUCAUCGUUAGCGAGAUUGGUUGUGUUGGAGUAUCAUGUGUUGCAGAUCCAGAGACUAUCGCGGUGGGCAGCUCUGGGGCUUUGAUGGGGCUCUUCGCCGCCAAGCUAGCACAUGUCCUGACUUACACAUUCUUUGAAACAUACGACAUGUCCCAAGAUGAAGGCAUACAUGUUGACCAACUCAGCAGUGUCUUGUGUGGUUUGACACUGGUGUCACUCUUGAGCUCCUUUACCUACGUGGACUGGUCAGGGCACAUGGGCGGUCUUGCCAGCGGGUUCUUUGCGGGAAUGCUGGUUUUUGCAAAACCUAUCCGUUCUUGCUGUGGAGCUUUGCUCUGGGGUUUCCUCGGUCUUUCGGGCAUUGCAGCAACCGCAACUUUAGUGGUCUACUUCUUGAUCACCGAAACCGACCCUGACGAGGAACUGGCCGACGCCUGCGAUUACUUCCGAAAUCUUUUCCCGGAAGGUUACGAAUGUGGCUGUUUAUGGUAG